AUGUAAUAAUAUAUAAAGAAAGUAAAAUAGAGAAUAUAAGAAUAGUGGAUUAAAUAUGUUUUCAUAUUGAUAAUACUAAUAAUAGCAAUGCUUAGAAAUUACACAAAUCUAAAAGUCUCAAAUGAAGAACCUGUUAAAUUAACAGAUGAAUAGAUAGCUAAAACUUCAUAAUAUAAAUAAGAAACAAUAAUCUAUUAUGGUAUAAUGUCUGCUGUUCUUAUUGGAAUUCUAGCUUUUAUAUAAGUUUUAAAUAAUAAACAUGAAAAACCAAAGGAAAAAGAGAAAGGACUAUGA